AUGGGUGUGACUAUGGGACACUGUGUGGGCACAAGGCCUCCUUCCUGCCUUCUCCUGCUGCUCCUGAAGCUGUUGGCCACUGUCUCCGAGGGGCUGCCAGGAACGGGGCCCCUGGGCUUCCACUUCACACAAUCCAUCUAUAAUGCUACAGUGUAUGAAAACUCAGCAGCGAGGACCUAUGUCAGCAGCCAGAGUAGAAUGGGCAUCACCUUAAUUGACCUGUCCUGGGACAUCAAGUACAGAAUAGUGUCUGGUGACGAGGAAGGUUUCUUCAAAGCUGAAGAGGUCAUCAUUGCAGAUUUCUGCUUUCUCAGGAUCAGAACUAAAGGUGGCAAUUCUGCCAUAUUGAACAGGGAAAUCCAAGACAAUUAUUUAUUAAUCAUAAAAGGUUCCGUCAGAGGAGAAGAUUUGGAAGCAUGGACCAAAGUGAACGUCCAGGUUUUAGACAUGAAUGACCUGAGGCCUCUGUUUUCACCUACCACUUACUCGGUCACUAUUGCAGAAAGCACACCACUUAGGACUAGUGUUGCCCAGGUGACGGCUACCGAUGCGGACAUUGGUUCCAACGGAGAAUUCUACUACUACUUUAAAAACAAGGUUGAUCUGUUUUCAGUCCACCCCACAAGUGGUGUCAUCUCUUUAAGUGGACGAUUAAAUUAUGAUGAGAAGAACAGGUAUGAUCUAGAAAUCUUAGCAGUAGACCGGGGAAUGAAACUCUAUGGCAAUAACGGAGUAAGCAGUACUGCUAAGCUUUAUGUUCACAUUGAACGCAUAAAUGAACAUGCUCCAAUUAUCCAUGUGGUCACUCACAUCCCUUUCUCAUUGGACAAGGAGCCAACAUAUGCAGUAGUGACAGUUGAUGACCUGGAUGAGGGGGCCAAUGGAGAGAUCGAAUCUGUGUCCAUCGUGGCUGGAGAUCCUUUGGAUCAGUUCUUCCUGGCCAAAGGAGGAAAGUGGAUGAAUGAGUAUAAAGUCAAGGAGAGAAGGAAGGUAGACUGGGAAAGCUUCUCCUAUGGCUACAACCUCACUCUUCAAGCAAAAGACAAAGGGUCACCUCAGAAGUUUUCAGAACUAAAGACAGUCCACAUUGCCAACCCCAAGAGAGACAGCACCCCGGUCAGGUUUGAAAAAGAUGUGUAUGAAGUCAGCAUAAGUGAGUUUUCCCCUCCUGGUGUCUUAGUGGCCAUAGUCAAAGUGAAUCCUGAGCCAUUGGAUGUGGAAUACAAACUAUCUCCUGGAAAGGAUGCAGAAUACUUCAAAAUUAACCCUCGGUCAGGCCUGAUUGUCACAGCACAGCCCCUGAAUAUAGUGAAGAAAGAAGUUUAUAAGCUGGAGGUGACAGACAAGGAAGGAGAUGUGAAGGCACAAGUCACCAUUGGGAUUGAGGAUGCCAAUGACCACACCCCAGAGUUCCAGCAGACACUGUAUGAGACUUUUGUGAAUGAGAGUAUUCCUGUUGGAACAAAUGUUCUGACGGUGUCCGCCUCUGAUAAGGAUAAAGGAGAAAAUGGCUACAUCACUUACAGCAUUGCCAGCCUGAACCUUUUACCAUUCGCCAUUAACCAGUUCACGGGUGUGAUCAGCACAACUGAAGAGUUAGAUUUUGAAUCCUCCCCAGAGACCUACAGGUUCAUCGUGAGAGCAUCUGACUGGGGCUCCCCAUACCGCCAUGAAAGCGAGGUGAAUGUGACCAUUCGGGUGGGAAAUGUCAAUGACAACAUCCCUCUCUUUGAAAAAGUGGCUUGCCAGGGAGUCAUUUCAUAUGACUUUCCUGUUGGGGGCCACAUCACAGCCGUCUCUGCGAUAGAUAUUGAUGAACUUGAACUUGUAAAGUACAAAAUCAUUUCUGGAAAUGAACUUGGAUUCUUUUAUUUAAACCCAGACUCUGGUGUUUUACAACUUAAAAAGCCACUGAUGAAUUCCGGCAUUAAAAAUGGUAAUUUUGCCCUCAGAAUCACAGCUACAGAUGGGGAGAAUUUUGCAGACCCCAUGACCAUUAACAUCUCAGUCCUCCACGGGAAAGUGUCUUCAAAGAGCUUCAGUUGCAGAGAAACUCGUGUGGCUCAAAAAUUGGCAGAGAAACUACUCAUUAAAGCAAAAGCUAAUGGGAAACUGAAUCUAGAAGAUGGGUUUCUUGACUUUUAUUCAAUUAAUAGGCAGGGACCACAUUUUGACAAGUCUUUUCCCUCUGAUGUGGCUGUGAAGGAGGAUAUGCCAGUUGGAACUAACAUCCUGAAGAUUAAAGCAUAUGAUGCUGACUCUGGCUUCAAUGGAAAGGUGCUGUUUACAAUAUCAGAUGGAAAUACAGACAGUUGCUUCAAUAUUGAUAUGGAAACUGGACAACUGAAAGUCCUCAUGCCCAUGGACCGAGAGCAUACGGACCUCUAUCUCCUCAACAUAACCAUCUAUGACCUUGGAAAGCCACAGAAAUCAUCGUGGCGAUUGCUGACUGUCAAUGUGGAGGAUGCAAAUGACAACAGCCCAGUGUUCCUUCAGGACAGCUACUCGGUCAGCAUUCUUGAAAGUUCAAGUAUCGGCACCGAGAUUAUCCAAGUGGAAGCAAGAGACAAAGACCUGGGCUCUAACGGUGAGGUAAUGUACUCGGUUUUGACAGACACACAGCAGUUCACCAUCAAUAGUUCAACUGGAAUUGUUUCUGUAGCUGAUCAACUGGACAGGGAAUCCAAAGCCAACUAUUCUUUGAAAAUAGAAGCCAGGGACAAAGCAGAAAGUGGCCAGCAGCUGUUUUCUGUUGUCACCCUGAAGAUCUUUCUGGAUGACGUCAAUGACUGCUCCCCAGCUUUCAUCCCCACUAGCUACAGUGUGAAGGUUCUUGAAGAUCUCCCUGUUGGUACAGUCAUUGCUUGGCUUGAGACUCAGGAUCCUGACCUAGGAUUAGGGGGUCAAGUGCGUUACUCUUUGGUUAAUGAUUAUAAUGGGAGGUUUGAAAUAGACAAAGCAAGUGGAGCCAUCCGCUUGAGCAAAGAGCUAGACUACGAGAAGCAGCAAUUCUACAACCUCACAGUCAGGGCCAAAGACAAAGGGCGGCCUGUCUCUCUGUCAUCAGUUUCUUUCGUUGAGGUGGAGGUGGUGGAUGUCAAUGAAAACCUCCAUAUGCCCUAUUUCCCAGACUUUGCUGUCGUUGGAUCUGUAAAAGAAAACUCACGGAUUGGAACGAGUGUGCUGCAGGUGACUGCCCAUGAUGAGGAUUCUGGUAGGGAUGGAGAGAUCCAGUAUUCCAUAAGAGAUGGCAGUGGUCUUGGGAGAUUCAGCAUAGAUGAUGAGAGCGGAGUCAUCACUGCUGCUGACAUUCUUGAUCGAGAGACAACAGGGUCAUACUGGCUGACAGUGUACGCCACAGACAGGGGCGUGGUCCCUCUCUAUUCCACCAUUGAGGUCUACAUAGAAGUUGAAGAUGUGAAUGACAAUGCCCCGCUGACCUCAGAACCCAUCUAUUAUCCUGUUGUCAUGGAAAACUCUCCCAAGGAUGUGUCUGUCAUUCAGAUACAAGCUGAAGACCCUGACUCUGGUUCCAAUGAAAGACUGACCUAUAGGAUUACAAGUGGAAACCCACAGAACUUUUUUGCCAUAAAUAUCAAAACAGAUUCCCGAGAGAUCCUGGUGUUGUCAGAGCCCUCAGUGGAUCCUCGAGAGAUCCUGGUGUUGUCAGAGCCCUCAGUGGAUCUCCGAGAGAUCCUGGUGUUGUCAGAGCCCUCAGUGGAUCCUCGAGAGAUCCUGGUGUUGUCAGAGCCCUCAGUGGAUCCUCGAGAGAUCCUGGUGUUGUCAGAGCCCUCAGUGGAUCCUCAUGUGUCCCACCUUCAGACCCACACCAUCCCUCAAGAUGAUUUUCUCCCAUGGAUCCAGCAGUAG